GUUGCAGGAUUGGCUGUCGUUAUCUUUGUCGUUGUCUGAUUUUACAGCAGGGACGACAGCGAGUGUUGUUGUUGUUCCAGUCAUAAUGAGACACAUACUAGCUGUAGGUCUUCUCCUGGGGUCUGCGACUUGUGGCCCAGUGGAUCAGCAGGCUACCCAAGAGACGAGGAACUUAUUCGGAAACAUGAAAGACCUUGCUCGUAACUCCUCCAAGGUGAUGUUUGGACAUCAUGAAGACACAUGGAUUGGAGCACAGGGAGGCCAUCCUCCGUAUAUGGUACAGACUCUGACCCAUGAUGGAAACAUACAGGCCUACAUAUUUUGGGCACAACAGGCCAAAAAUGGUGACCCUGAUGAACUCUCCGACACAAAAGGUGUUACUGGACAAUAUCCUGCAGUAUCUGGUUUUGACUUUGCUCAGUUCUCUGAUGAGCAUAUCAUAAGCCUUACAUAUUUGGCAAAGCUUGCUUAUGCUCGAGGGCAAAUAGUCACCAUAUCUCAGCAUCUCAACAACCCCGUGACUGGUGGUUCCCCAUGGGUAAACAAGGACACGGGAGAUGUUCUUCACACAGUCAGAAGGAUCCUGCCAGGCGGGGACAAGAAUCACAUCUACAAGCAGAAUCUGGACAAGAUUGCCGACUGGGCUCUCAACUUCACUGACUCAAGCAGCAAACCAAUUCCUUUUGUUUUCCGUAUCCUUCAUGAGCUAAAUGGCGGAUGGUUCUGGUGGGGACUUUCUACAGAGACCCAGAAUACUGCAAACGAUAUAACUAGUCUGUAUAGGUACAUCGUGACCUACUUAAGAGACGUACGAGGUGCCCAUAACAUCCUUUACUGCGUCAGUCCAGAUAAGUUUAAGACUAAAGACGACUACCUGAAGGUGUACCCAGGAGACGACUACGUUGAUGUACUGGGCACCGACUACUAUUACAUCAAUGAGAACCAACCUCCUGUGUCAGAUCUGAAGAGAACAUUGGAUGAAUUGGUUGAGAUUGCUGAAGCCAGAGAUAAAAUCCCCGCAUUGACAGAAGUAGGUAUGUUCAACAAUGGUAUCGAUCGUGUGCACAACUUCUGGAAUGACCACGUUUUAGACAUCCUGAAGACCGACUCCAAAGCAGCAAGAAUUGCCUAUAUUCUCACAUGGACCAAUCAUUGUUAUGGUAACCACAAGUGCGAGCUCUGGAUGCCUUACAAAGGCCACCCUGCAGAGGCGGACUUCAGAAACAACUUCUUCAAUGAUCCGAUGACUUACUUUGCUGAUCGAAUUGGUGGCAUGUACAACUAAGAUAGAUCAUCAGAAUAAAGUCAUGUAUAUUUGCUCAUUA